AUGUUAGUAUUGGUGGAGUUGCUGUUAAUAGUAUUGCCUGAAGUGGUGUGCAAGAAUCCUAGCCUUCAAUGUGAUUUUCAGGAGCCUCUUCCUAUGCGGCACACUUAUCAUCAGCCUGGAGACAUUAAUAUUGCUGGCAUUAUUUCUGCCUUCUUUGCAUCUUCUAAUCCCAUUAAUUUCAUUCAAGAUCCUUCUCAGGGAUUUCAAGAUGGAGUUUUAAUAGUUUUUCAAAAUUACCAGCAUAUCCUGGCUUUAGUGUUUACUGCAAAAGAGAUCAAUGAAAACCCCCAGAUUCUACCCAACGUCACAAUAGGCUUCCACAUUUUUAACAACAAUUUUAAUCCAAGUUGGACUUACUUUGCCUCAAUGUUGCUGCCUUUUACUCAGGGAAAAUUCAUCCCUAACUACAAGUGUGGGGUCCCAAAAACUUUGGCUACAGUCAUUGGGGCAUCGGGCAUCUCUCUUCACAUGGCAACUGUAUUGUGCAUCUAUAAAAUUCCUCAGUUGACCUAUGGCUCUGCUCCAGUCAUGGAUAAAGAGACUCAAGCAGUUUUCUUCCAACAAAUGUUUCCGAAUGAAUCCCACCAACAUAAGGGCCUCCUGCAGUUAUUGCUGUAUUUUAGUUGGAUCUGGAUUGGAAUUCUUGUAGUGAAGGAUGAGAAAGGAGAGAAAUUUAUCCAGGAGGUGCUCCCCACAUUUUCUGAGCAUGGCAUCUGCACUGAAUUCAUAGCAGAAUUACCAAAUGUAGCUUUUUACAGUGAUUUUACUGAUACCAUAGAUGAAGGAUUGCAUAUAUACCAUGUUCUCAUGAACAGCACAGCCAAUGUCAUAAUCUUAUAUGGUGAAAUUCAGUCCCUAUCCCUUCUGAGAACUUUCCUCCAGUUUUCAGAAGUGGAGGAUAUACCAAAGAAGAAAAAGAUCUGGCUUGUAAAUGCUCAGACAGAUUACACUUCAGUUGCCGUUCAUAAAUCUUUGGAUGUCCAUUUUCUACACGGUACUUUAUCCUUUGCAGUUCACACAAAGGAGGUCCCAGGCUUCCAGGAUUUUCUUCAAAAACUAAAUCCAAACAACAAUCAUCAAGAUCACUUUCGUAAAGAUUUCUGGGAACAGGCAUUCGACUGCUUCUUUUUGAACUCAAAAGUUGAGACAACUGAGAAGAAAUGUACUGGACAGGAAAGGCUUGAGACCCUUCCCACAUCUGUGUUUGAAACACGCAUGAGUGGACAGAGUUACAAUAUUUACAAUGCAGUCUAUGCUGUGGCACAUGCUUUGCAAUCUCUCUCUAUAUCAUCAUCUAGAAAAUCAACAAUGAUGAAAGAAAGAAAGGAACAUUUUCAUAAUCAAAUAUGGUGGCAGGUUCAUUCUUUUCUGAGAAGUGUCAGAUUCAACAAUAGUGUUGGUGAAAAGAUCUCCUUUGAUACAAAUGGAGAAUUCAUUGGUGGAUUUGAUAUUAUCAACUGGAUCACUUUCUCAAAUCAGUCAUUUGCAAGGGUCAAAGUUGGAGUGAUAGAUCCCACAGUUCCAGCAGACAAGUUCUUCAAUAUUUCUGUAGAUUCCAUCACAUGGCCAGUAGGCUUUAAUCAGGCAUUACCUUUAUCUUUGUGUAAUGCUCCUUGUGAGACAGGAUACAGCAAGGUCAAGAAAGAAGGGAAGUUGUUUUGUUGCUAUGAUUGCCAGCUAUGUCCAGAGGGGAAAAUAUCAAAGGAGAAGGACAUAGAUGACUGCUCUCCAUGUCCAGAAGAUCAAUAUCCAAAUCCCAAGAAAAAUAUGUGCAUUCCAAAGCAGAUCACCUUUUUGUCCUAUGAAGAACCCUUGGGGAUCAGUCUGACUGUUCUUUCUCUUUGCUUUUCUUUAAUUACAACUUUGGUAAUAACAAUCUUCAUGAAACACAAAGAUACUCCCAUCGUUAAGGCUAACAACCGGAAUCUCACUUAUAUACUCCUAGUUUCUCUUCUCCUCACUUUACUUUGUGUCUUUCUAUUUGUUGGGAGGCCCAAUACGAUUGUGUGUCUCUUUCGACAACCAGCUUUUGGCCUCAUCUUUUCUGUGGCGGUUUCUUGUGUCUUAGCCAAAACCUUUGUUGUGGUUCUAGCAUUUAUGGCCACCAAACCCAGUUCCAGAUUGAGGAAAUGUGUGGGGGGAAGGAUGGUCAGUUUCAUUCUUCUAUCCUGCUCCCUUAUUCAAAUAGCUGUUUGUGCUGUGUGGCUGAUAACAUCCCCACCAUACCCAGAUUUUGAUGCACAGUCAAUGUCUGAAGAAGUCAUCCUGGAGUGCAAUGAAGACUCAGUCAUGUUCUACUGUGUUUUGGGCUUUAUGGGUUUUCUUGCUUUGCUUAGCUUCUCUGCUGCUUUUCUAGCUAGGAAUUUACCUGAUAGCUUCAAUGAAGCCAAAUUCAUCACCUUCAGCAUGUUAGUCUUCUGCAGUGUUUGGUUGUGUUUUAUUCCAACCUAUCUAAGCACAAGGGGAAAAUAUACGGUGGCUGUGGAGAUCUUCUCCAUGAUCUCCUCUAGUGCUGGCUUACUGGUGUGUAUCUUUCUUCCCAAGUGUUUUAUCAUUGUGAUGAGACCUGAGCUGAAUGAUAAACACCAGCUCAUGAAGAGAAAGUUUUAA